UGUGUGUGUGUGUGUAUGUGUGUGUGUUAGGGAGUAAGGGGCAAGCUGGUCACAGCUGUUGGUAGAGGGAUAAGAAGGCACAGUCCUUGUGUAUCCCUGCGGCAGGGAGGGUGGGGGUGUGGGAUCAGAAGGAGUCACUGCUGCUGCCCCGGGAGUUGGAGGCAUCGGUGUGGCCCAGGAGGGGAAAGCUGGGGGAUCUUUGACCAGCUAGGUUGGGACGGCGGUAUUGGUAGGAAAGAGGAUGAUUCCUUUCCCCGAGGUAUUUCCCCUCAUUCUCUGGGAUGCCUGGGGAGUGAAAGGAGGGAAGAUAGAGAAGCAGAAAAAACGAUUCGAUUCCCCGCCCGCUUAAUCAUGACCUCCUGGCCACCUCCAGGCUGCGUUUGCACGUUCCUGUGCUGCCGCAGCAGCCCCAGCCAUGUAACAUGACCCGUACAGCCAGGGCCCUGUGCAGCGCAGCCAUUGAGCUCUCCUUGCACAUGAAUCUCUUGCGUCUCUCCCUCUCUCUCCCUCCCUCCUCUGUUUCUCCCCCUCUCUCCGUUGGCUCUCCUCUGUCUCCCUCUCUCUCUCCACUGCCUCUGUCUCUUCUGUCGGUCUCUCUCUUUCUCAGUACUGCUCCGCUGGCUCUCCUCUCUCCCUCUCCUCAGUCUCUCUCGAUCUCUUUCUCCCUAUCUCCCUCUCUCUCCCUCUCUCUCUCCUUUGAAAACUGAUCUUUGGCUCUUAGUGUGAAAGUGAUUUGAAUUUGGCUCGGCGGCGCUCUGCGCCUGCGCCCAGCCUCUGGCAUGCUGGCUCCUUCCAAGCAGCUGUUUUGGGUUUGAAAUUCCAACAUGGCAGAGGCUGCAGUCAGUCUUCCCUUCAAAAACUUGGAAUGAUUUCAAAUCAUAGGCACCUUCACUUAACCCGAGCUCCCAUUCAUCAGCAAACACAUCGGAUCGAUGCUACUCUAACCUAUCGGGUUCUUGCACCACACAUUCAGGUUAAAUGAAUACCUGACGAAAGGGCCCACGUUUCAAGGCAGUGACAUUUGAUAGCUGAGAGGAAAAGUGGCUUUAAUGAAAAGCAACCUUUGGAAUUCCUGCUUGUGAGAAAUCCAAUUCAGCUUUUUGUGCUGCCAGCAAGAAAUGAUCAGUAGCACCAGUGUUUAUGGCUUGAAGAUGCAGUGGACGCCGGAGCAUGCCCAGUGGCCAGAACAGCACUUUGACAUCACCUCGACCACUCGGUCUCCUGCCCACAAAGUUGAAGCCUACCGUGGUCAUCUGCAGCGCACCUAUCAAUACGCCUGGGCCAAUGACGACAUAUCUGCUCUGACUGCCUCCAAUUUGUUAAAAAAGUAUGCAGAAAAGUAUUCUGGAAUUCUUGAAGGCCCAGCUGAGCGGCCUGUCCUUAGCAACUACACGGAUGCACCUUCAGGGUUGGUGAAUGGUCGGAAGAAUGAAAGUGAACCUUGGCAGCCUUCAUUGAAUUCCGAAAGUGUGUAUCCCAUGAACUGUGUUCCAGAUGUUAUCACCGCCAGCAAAGCUGGUGUAAGUACAGCUCUCCCUCCUGCAGAUGUCUCUGCCAGUAUAGGGAGUUCUCCUGGGGUGGCCAGCAACCUGACAGAGCCUAGUUACUCUAGUAGUACCUGUGGAAGUCACACGGUACCGAGUCUCCAUUCAGGGCUACCAUCUCAGGAAUAUGCCACAGGAUACAACGGAUCAUAUUUGCAUUCUACAUACAGCAGCCAGCCAGCACCUGCACUUCCUUCCCCUCAUCCAUCCCCUCUGCAUAGCUCUGGCCUCUUACAGCCACCGCCGCCUCCUCCUCCACCACCAGCCCUGGUCCCAGGCUACAAUGGGACCUCUAACCUCUCCAGUUAUAGCUACCCCUCUGCUAGCUAUCCUCCUCAAACCUCGGUGGGACCUGGGUACAGCCCAGGUGGUGCACCUCCUCCUUCAGCAUACCUGCCUUCAGGAAUUCCUGCUCCUACUCCGCUGCCCCCUACUACUGUACCUGGCUACACCUACCAGAGUCACGGUUUGACACCUAUUGCCCCCUCAGCUCUAACAAACAGUUCGGCAAGUUCUCUCAAACGGAAAGCCUUCUAUAUGGCAGGGCAAGGAGAAAUGGACUCCAGUUAUGGAAAUUACAGCUAUGGCCAACAGAGAUCUACACAGAGUCCUAUGUACAGAAUGCCCGACAACAGCAUUUCAAACACAAACAGGGGGAAUGGCUUUGACAGAAGUGCUGAAACAUCAUCCUUAGCAUUUAAGCCAACAAAGCAGCUAAUGUCCUCUGAACAGCAAAGGAAAUUCAGCAGCCAGUCCAGCAGGGCUUUGACACCCCCUUCGUACAGUACUGCUAAAAAUUCCUUGGGAUCCAGAACCAGUGAAUCCUUUGGGAAGUACACAUCCCCCGUAAUGAAUGAGCACGGGGACGAGCACAGACAGCUCCUCCCUCACCCAAUGCAAGGCCCGGGACUCCGUGCCGCUACCUCAUCCAACCACUCUGUGGACGAGCAACUGAAGAAUACUGACACACACCUCAUUGACCUUGUAACCAAUGAGAUUAUCAACCAAGGACCUCCAGUGGACUGGAAUGACAUCGCCGGCCUCGACCUGGUAAAGGCUGUCAUUAAAGAGGAGGUUUUAUGGCCCGUGUUGAGGUCAGAUGCUUUCAAUGGACUGACUGCCCUACCUCGGAGCAUCCUUUUAUUUGGGCCUCGGGGAACAGGCAAAACAUUAUUAGGUAGAUGCAUAGCUAGUCAGCUGGGGGCUACGUUUUUCAAAAUUGCUGGCUCCAGUCUAGUCACCAAGUGGUUAGGGGAAGGAGAGAAAAUCGUCCAUGCUUCCUUUCUCGUGGCCAGGUGUCGUCAGCCUUCCGUGAUUUUUGUUAGUGACAUUGACAUGCUUCUCUCUUCUCAAGUGAGUGAAGAGCACAGUCCGGUCAAUAGAAUGAGAACCGAGUUCCUUAUGCAGCUGGACACUGUACUAACUUCUGCUGAGGACCAAAUAGUAGUAAUUUGCGCCACCAGUAAACCAGAAGAAAUAGAUGAAUCCCUUCGGAGGUACUUCAUAAAACGACUUUUAAUCCCGCUUCCUGACAGCACAGGGAGGCACCAGAUAAUAGGACAACUGCUCUCACAGCACAAUUACUGUCUCAAUGACAAGGAGUUUGCACUGCUUGUCCAGCGCACAGAAGGCUUCUCUGGACUAGAUGUGGCUCAUUUGUGUCAGGAAGCAGCAGUGGGCCCACUCCAUGCCAUGCCAGCGACAGACCUUUCAGCCAUUAUGCCCAGCCAAUUGAGGCCAGUUACAUAUCAAGACUUUGAAAAUGCUUUCUGCAAGAUUCAGCCUAGCAUAUCUCAAAAAGAGCUUGAUACUUAUGUUGAAUGGAACAAAAUGUUCGGUUGCAGUCAGUGAUAAUUUUUCUUUUUCUUUUCUUUUUUUUUUUAAAUGUAAUGAAUGUUGGCACACACACACACAAAACCUGCUACAUAGGGUAGAGAACCCCUUUUCUUGGUAUUCCAAUUGCAAAGGGUUACUGGGGGAGAUGACAAUGAUGUUGCAUCUUUAGAGUCAGGGUAGACUUGGAGGAAAAGUGCAUCAAACAAGAGCUGCUGAUCUGAAAAGCCCCAGAUGACAGGAAGCGUGUGUUGAUGCUCAGUUCUGUUCAAGCCAGACACCACUCGCCAAGGAGCAAGGUGCAAGUGGGUUGAUUUCAGAAGGACAUGAACCCCGUGUGUUGAUUCCAUUCUGCUGUUCUUGAGAUUUAGUUGCUGUCAAGUGCCUGGAGUGGUGCUUUUUUUUUUGUUUGCCUCACAAUUACAUUGGUGGCAUGUGCUAAUAUAAAGAGCUUUAACUUCAAACAUUGGACUAAAGAGAUGAACAGUUGUGUUGCGACAGAGAACCAGAUUUUUGCCAUUCUAAGAGCAACAGUAUUCCUCAAUCCUGUCUGUUCUGCAGUAUUAAGCUAAGAACAGGUAAAACAGGGUAACGGUAAUCUGGACCUUAAUUUCUGCAGUUCAUUUCUUUUAAUGUUCUGUCUGCAAAAACUCAGGAAAGUGAUUGUGAUUUGUACAGUACCUCAAAGGAAUGUGUUGAAAGCACUAUGUACUGCUGAGAGUUAUAGGCUAGACUUCAAUGUUACUUUAUAUUAAAUAUGUAUGUUUACCUCAACAAUUGGAAAAUGGAAAGGAAAAUUAUUUUGAAUGUAUCCAGGAAAAUACUGAAGUGUGAUAUGACUGAAUCUUCGCAGUUUAAAGUAGAAAAUAGAAGGGUUUUUUUUUUUUUUCAAAAAAAAAAAAAAAAAAAGGUUCUUUUACCAAUCUGGGAAUUAAACCAGAGCAAAAUAAUUCUCUUUAUGUCAGUACACUAUACGAGUUCUUAGUACAUUGCUCCUUGAUAAUUAAGUGAUAUGGUUCUUAAAAUAUAACACUGGUGAAGGAAAGCCACUUACUCCGUUUAUGUUAGCAUCUGGAAACAAUCAACCACGAGAUCUGUUAGGACUUUAAGAGGCAUAUUACCUAAAAACUUUGACUGCCUUUUACUGCAUAAGUGGUGGUCGUGGUAGUUUUGAAGUUAUUUGUUAAAACUGUUGGGAAUGGCGACAUUCUAGAUCACGGAUAUAGCUUAUGGGGUUGCAGGGCUGCUUAUAGACUGCAGUCAAUAGCAGCCAAAAACAAACACCUUUCCCCAAUCCCCCACAAACAAAUGCAGACAAAAUGACCCCGUACAAACCCUCAGACUUAUGAGGAUUUACCCCUAUACACACACACACACACACACACACACAC